CUCGGUCGUCGAGCGGGAGGUGUUUGCAGUGAGCGUCGCUGUCAUGUCAGGUCGUGGCAAGCAAGGAGGCAAGGCCCGCGCUAAGGCUAAGUCGCGCUCGUCCCGCGCCGGCCUGCAGUUCCCAGUGGGCCGGGUGCACCGGCUGCUGCGCAAGGGCAACUAUGCCGAGCGGGUGGGGGCCGGCGCUCCCGUCUACAUGGCGGCCGUGCUGGAGUAUCUGACGGCCGAGAUUCUGGAGCUGGCGGGCAACGCGGCCCGCGACAACAAGAAGACGCGCAUCAUCCCCCGCCACCUGCAGCUGGCCAUCCGCAACGACGAGGAGCUCAACAAGCUGCUGGGCAAGGUCACCAUCGCCCAGGGCGGCGUCCUGCCCAACAUCCAGGCCGUGUUGCUCCCUAAGAAGACGGAGAGCCACCAUAAGGCGAAGGGCAAGUGAGGCCGGCGUCCGGAAGCCCAGCCAGCCCUGGUCUCGAAGGGGACCCCUGUGAAAUCAAAAGGCUCUUUUAAGAGCCACCCACUCUAUCAAAUAAAAGGAGUUGUAUACAGGGUA